UCUAGGCGCAGUUUGCUCCCAGUUCCCUCCCAGUGCUCCCAGUAAGAGCGGUACUGGCAGGGAGAGCGCUCCCAGUUGCUUCUAGGUGCUGUCAGGAUCGUUACCAGUGCUCCCAGUAUCACUUCCCAGUGCCGCGCGGGGCGCAACCGCUUUGCAAUCCCCCAGGGCGGAGCGCGGCUGCUUUUGCGCGUCGGCACCGGGCCGGGCCGGGCUGGGGGAGGAGGAGCGGAAGGAAGAAGAGUAGUGGAAGGAAGAGCAGCAGCAGAACCGAGCGGCUCACUCGCUCGCCCGCUCUAGGCCGCAGCUUCCCCGACUUCCCCGGCAUCACCCCUCCCCCCGGAAGCCGCAGCUGAACUUGGCCCGCAGGAACAUAAACCCAACGCGCUCAACCCUUCUUUUCCCCCAAAAAUGGAUUUCCCAUUCCUAAACCUUGGCCCGAUGGAGGAGGAGGCCGUGAGGAAGAAGAACAUGCCCCCGGAGCCCCAGGCAGACAAGGAGCUGAGGAUGGAGACCAGGGAGGACAAAUCCCUGCAGCAGAACCUUGUGGAAGAGGCUGUUUGGAGCAGCUCCAUUGCACAGGAAACCAGCGAGGAGGAAAAGCCCGGGAGAUCCCACAUGAGGAUGGGCUGCAAACACAGUUCUUGGGUAUCCGAGGAGGAGAACCAGGGCCAAAGAACCGGACAGAGCUGCAGCCAGAGCUCAGAGCUGGGGUUCCAUGAGCAUCUUCAUGAUGCGGAUAAGCCCCACAAGUGUUCAAAUUGUGGGAAGAGCUUCAGCAAGAGAUCCUCCCUGAUCUGGCACUGGAGAAUCCACAUGGGGGAACGGCCCUAUGAGUGUGGGGAGUGUGGAAAGAGCUUCAGUACGAGAUUCAAACUGAUCCGCCACCAGAUGAUCCACACUGGGGAGAGGCCCUAUGAAUGUGACAUACGCAGGAAGAGGUUUCAGACCAGCUCCAAUCUCGUCAUGCAUCAGCGGAUUCACACAGAAGAGAGGCCCUUCCGCUGCCCUGACUGUGGGAAGGGCUUCAAAUACAACUCCCGCCUUGUCUCCCACAGGCGCAUCCACACUGGGGAGAUGCCCUAUGAGUGUGGGCAGUGUGGGAAGUGCUUCAGGACAAGCUCUGAACUGAUUGUCCACCAAAGGAUCCACACAGGGGAACAGCCCUAUGAGUGUGAUAAAUGCAGCAAGAGGUUUCUGACCAGCUCCAGUCUCCUCCUGCACCAGCGCAUUCACAUAGAGGAGAGGCCCUUCUGCUGCCCCGACUACGGGAAGGGCUUCAGGCACAACUCCAACCUCGUCACCCACCGGCGCAUCCACACUGGGGAGAGGCCCUAUGAGUGUUCUGAGUGUGGGAAGAGCUUUUCACAGAGCUCUCACCUGACCAAACACCAAUGGAGGCACCACUAAGGGAAGCCCUGCAAAUCAAGUGCAGGAAGAGCUUCAUGUGCUGCUCCAGCUCCAUUCUCCAUGGCAGGAUCUGUGCUGGAUGAUGCCGAGUGACCCCUGGUGGGCAGAGCCCCGGUGAUCCAUGUUAGGAAGACACCUGGCUGGGCGGCUCUUCAUCCUCCUGGCUUCCCUUGAGCACCUGGACAUAUCCACAGAUCAACAUCAGAAAUCCAUUGUGAAGAGCACGUUUGUCGACUUCUGACCCGAGAAAAAUCUCACUCUUUGCAUCUUCUGGUGGCAUCAAGCAACACUGAAUGGCCUUGGAGGUCUUCUCCAAUAGAAAUCCAUCAUUUUAAUCCUUUCUGGCUCAUGGGCAUCUUCCACAGCCAAAUGGGAACAUAUUGGGGCAAACCCCACAAUUUUGGAGAUGGUGGGGUGGAAACCCCUUCAAAAAGGGUUCUUCCCACCCAGCCAAGCAUGUGGAUGCUUUGCCAGCAGGGACACAUAAAUUCUUUUGUUUUGGCCUUGAAACAAAAAGGUUUCUGUUCAUUCCUUUGAAAGCCCUGUAACUGGGGUGUCCUGGUUUGAAGGACAGGUGUUUGCCAAGGAAAGCAGAAGCUUCCCCUUGGACUGAAAGAAAAUAUGAUUCUUCCGAUUAUUAUAAUUUCGGAAUUAAGAGAGCUCUCAGGCAAAGAUAUGGGGGUAGGAAUAACAGUUCUUUACUAGUAUAUUUAACAAGACAAACAAGAACAACAACAGCUAUGAAAUUACCCACAAACAGAACAGUAACUCAGUCCCAGUGUUUUUUGGCUGCAGGCACCUUUUCCCUGAGCUGCAGUUCCCGGUGCUGGGGGCGGGCGGCUCCCGCAGAGCUGCAGGAGGGCUGGG